AUGGAUUCAUACAAGACCAGAUCCAGCCGACGCGCUGCUAGAGCUAAGGGCAACGGCAACGGUAACGGCAAUCAAGCCAGGUCGCGCUCUCGCAGACGAAGGUCCGCGUCGCCUCGUGCAUCUGACUCGAAAUCUACAUCCACAAACGGACAACCACCUCCCCCUCCAUCCCUUCCCCCUCCGCCUCCCCCACCCUAUCCCCCAGGUCGAUCGUUGCGUCGUGGUGAGAGCGACAGCUAUCGUCCUCCCUCUGACGAUCGUUACCCUAAUUCUUCCCAUUCCCAACACUACAGCGGCGGCGGCGGCGACAGCUACCGUCCCGACUUCAGACCUCCCCAGAGUGACUUCACAUUCCGAGUUGCCAAUCCCCCCGGCGUACUCCCUCUCCCUCCUCCCUCAGGCCCAGCGGCUUAUACGCGUAGUCGGCCUCCUCGACAUCCCCGCGACGGCGGUUACCGCGGUCGCAACCCGCGAUUCCCUCCCCGCUUCACCGCCUCAGAGCGACCCAUUCUCCAGAGCGCCAACGACUUCCUUCCCGCAGUCGUGCUCCGCGACGAUGACAGCGGAGUAAAGUACAAGGACAUUGAAGAACUUUCGGAUGACGAGGAGCAUGACAUGGAAAUCUCUGAUAGCGACCAGAGCGAGUCUGCUGAACCCUCAUCCAAGCGUACGCGCCGUUCACUACAGGCCACGGAAACCGACGCAAACGUCCCCAAGUGGUCCAAUCCCGAUCCUUACACCGCUCUACCGCCUCCCGACCCGUCGCAGAGAAAGAAGCUAGACGUGGUACAGCUCAUAAGGAAAGCCCGUGUCGAAGCUACUGAGGACAAGGAGGCCGCCCUUGCGGAGCUCGACGAGUUCAUCUCCUUCGGAGGCGACACGGACGACGAGGAGGAACAAGAGGAGAAGCGGAAGCAGAAGAAAAAGAAGGAGAAAGAGGACCGGCGCGCAGUGGAGGCUGCUGAUAAGGUUAAGCCUACGCAGGGCCUGAGAAUCGUUCCUGCCUACGAUUUCCGUGAAGCUCGUCAGGAUUCGGAUAAUCCUCUUGGCUCGAGGAAACGAACCUUUGAUGACGAGAUAAAACCGCCGCUUCAUUCUAUCAAGAAGAAGGGACCCGUCAAGAUGCGUGUCGGAGGAGGCAUCAUGUCCGAGUGGGUCGCUCCCAAGGGCCAGGAUCCUUGCCCUUGGGUGAUUGUUAACCACUCGGCGACUUGCCUAAUGGGCGCAUGGCUUCACAAAGAAGUCAUGGACUUUUAUGAGCACUUUAGGCCCCGCAAGUUUGAGCAAGAACUCCGCCAGCGCCUCGUGACGACCCUCGAAACUGCCAUGAAGCGAGGUAGUCAGUUUAACGGAAUCGAACUUCGUGCCUUUGGCUCUUUCAUGUCCGGUUUAUAUCUGCCCUUGUCCGACAUGGACCUUGUGGUGUGCUCCGCUUCGCUCCUUAAAACGAGCCGCGCGACGGCGCGUUGCUCAAGCAAGAACUUUCUCUACCAGUUCCGGAAGUUCCUAACGGUCCAAAACUUCCCGCACGUGGACACUACCGAGGUCAUUGCCAAGGCCCGAGUGCCCUUGGUCAAGUACGUUGACAGGCUUACGGGACUCAAAGUCGAUGUGUCGUUUGAGAAUAUUAGUGGCAUCUCCGCCAUCGACACUUUCCUGGUCUGGCGGAAACAGUACCCGUCGAUGCCAAUCCUCGUCACGCUGAUCAAGCAGUUCUUGGUCAUGAGGGGCCUGAACGAGCCGGUCAAUGGUGGCAUUGGAGGCUUUACCGUGAUUUGCUUGGUCGUCAGCAUGCUGCAGUUGAUGCCGCAGGUCCAAAGCAGGAACAUGAUUCCGGAGCAUCACCUUGGCGAAAUUCUAAUGGAAUUCUUUGACCUUUACGGUAAUCGGUUCAACUAUGAAGAGGUCGCAAUUCGACUCAGCCCUCCUGGCUACGUCCCCAAGUCCAAAGUAACAAAUUUCCCUUACAAAAACUGGGACCGCCUCUCGAUCAUUGACCCCAACAACCCCAGCAACGAUAUAUCUGGCGGUUCGUCCAACUUCGCUACAAUAGCCAGGGAAUUUAGCGACGCGUAUAUCGCGCUACGGGAUAGAAUGAACGAUGUGGCCAGCAUGCCGGCGUCGGAUCGCCAAAACGCCAGCAUCUUGGGAGUCAUUCUUGGCGGCAACUACAAGAAUUUUGAGACGCAACGAAUCUACAUGCGACAGUUGUAUGAGAAGGUCUACGGGCCCUGCACAGACGAGCCUUGCAACUUUAACUGA